CGUUCGCGAUAUCAACAUGGCUGAGAAGCAUGGUGCUACCGAUUUGAGUUCGUUGGCGAAGGCUUUGGACCAAGAAAUCGAAGACCAUAUAGACAGUCUCGAGAAGAAACCAUAUACGGAAGGGUUUUCUGAAGAAAACUGGGAAAAGGAAAUAGAGAAUGUUCCACUCUUUAUGACCAAAUCUCCCAAUGAAGCUGACUAUGCUAAUAAUCCAGCCUUAGCUGCAAUACAAAAAAUAAAAUAUGAUGAAGAUUCCACGCCAGUAGAGAAAGCUCAGAGUUAUAAAGAAGAAGGCAACCAGUAUUUUAAAGAAAGAGACUACAGGAAAGCUGUGUUUGCAUACACAGAAGCACUUAAAGAGAAUUUUGAUGACGACUUAUUAAAAGUUAUUCUACUGACGAACAGAGCUGCUGCACAGUUUCAUAUUGAAAACUACCAGUCCUGUAUGAUGGAUGUAGCAAGAGCCAAAAAACUGAAACCUGAUCAUUUAAAGGCAUUAAUACGAGGAGCAGAAUGUUUGCUGAAGUUGCGAAAAUAUGAAAAAUGCUUAGAUUGGUGUGACAUGGCACUUAAAAUCAGUCCCACAGAUAAGAAACUAUUAGAAACCAGAACACUCGCAGACCAGGGAAAGCGAAAACAAGAACGAGAUGAAAGGAUAAAGGCAAAGAAAAUGAAGCAAAAAGCUGAAGAAAAGCGAGUGUUGGAAACUGCCAUACAGCAACGUGGCAUCACUAUUAAAAACAUAGAGGCACCUGAAGAUUACUCUGAGGGUAGUGGACAUGAACCAAUUAUUGACAGUGAUGGAGUUAUUCAUUGGCCAGUAUUGUUUCUAUACCCAGAGUAUGCUCAGUCCGAUAUCAUUGCAGAUUUCAAUGAGAAUCACAGAUUUGUUGAGCAUUUGAAUGAAAUGUUCAAAGAAGAUGAAUAUGCUGGUUGGGAUGCAGAGAAGAAAUACAGAGCAGAGAGAAUAGAGAUAUAUUAUGAAGAUAUGAGUUCUAGAAAGCUUAACCGUGUUAUGCCUGACAUGACACUGGCUGAGGCAAUCACAAUGAAAGGGUAUACACUUCAUCCUUACACUCCACACUUCAUUAUUUUAGUGGCUGGAUCACCUUUCAAGGAUCACUACUUUGAGAACUUUGCACGUGUGUGUCAACAGAUGUUUGGAUAACAAAAACUUGUAACACUGCUGAUAUGUUAUCAUAUAAAUUAAAAACAACCAUGGAAUAUGAAAACAUUGAUUCACAAUUCAGAAAUGAAAUAUGUAAUAAACUGCAGCAUAUUUGAGACAAUUAUGAUAUAUUAUUGAAUAAAUAUACUUGUACAUGC